UUCCAGCCACUCAGGAAGCUGAGGCAAGAGGAUCACUUGAGCCCAGGUGUUAAGGCUGCAGUGAACUUUGAUUGUAACACUGCACUUCAGCAUAGGUAACAGAGCAAGACGCCCUCUCUUAAAAAAAAAAAAAAAAAAAAAAAACAUGUAAAAGGUAUAGUUAAUUAUCCUGGCCUAUCCUGUAAUGAAGAGCUUCCUCAGAUUUUUGGUGCCAGGCUUCCCACACAAAUCUCAAGCUCGCCCUCUCCUAUUGUGGCAGUUCAGAGCUCCAUAAGCUCUUCGCUGUAAUGAUGAAUGUGUAAGCUGAUCAUUAAAGCAGAAGUAGAAAAACCAGAUUUCCAUAAGCCCUUUGCUAUAAUGAUGAAUGUACAAGUUAAACAUUAAAGCAGAAGCAAGAAAAAUGGAUAAGGAAUUGGGGGAAGCUGGUGCCUGAGUACGAAAGCCAGAAUACAAAAAAAGCAAGCCCUUUAAAGCCCCACCUAUACUUCUCUACCUCAGAUCUAGCUGAGUGAUAAAAGCAUUCCUGCACAUACAACCCAUACCAGGACCAACUUAAGAUUGAGAAACUUCUAUCUGCAAGUACUCACUCACUAUGGUGGGAUCAGCUGCAAAGCGAAGUGAACUGUCCCAUGCUCAUGUUGAUGGUUUUCUAGAUAUUGCCAACAUGUUAGCUCUUUCUGGUGCCGAUGAAUUUCAAACGCGAACAGACACCCUUGAUGUGGGUUUGCUAAGAACAUAGAAGAACAGGAAGAAAAGUUGCCAGGUUCAGACAUCCCAGGGAAAAAGAAGCAUAAACAGCAUUAGCAAUCAGUGACUGAUGAUAAUGCUGCAAUAAUGGGAAUGGUUUUAUUUCUAAAUCAAAUCAUUUAUUGCUUUGUUUCUAAAAAACAAAAAAAACUAUCUGCAGACCCCUAGUUUAAAUUAAUUAGGAAACAUUCCCGCAGGUAGUCAUAGAGCUUGAAUUGUAUAUAAAAGCUAAAGAAAAGCUUGUAACUUUGAGUUGGUCUGGUGUGCUACUCCGACCUCCCUGUAAUCAGUUGCAGAAAUAAACUCCCGUCUUUCCCAGUCUGUCUGUCUGCAUCUCAUUACUGGACCACAAGAACAAGCAGCAGGACCAGUAACACUGUAAGAAUCAUCCAGUAACACUGUAAGGAAUCAUCCAGUAACACUGUAAGAAUACUGCUUCUACCAGAGGCCAGGACUUCCCUAGGAAGAUAAUCUGGAGUAGCAAGGAAAGCUACCUCCAGAGCUCUGAGAACUGGCUCAACAGGUCUCAGGGUUGUUAUGUGGGCCACCUGAAUAGGGAAAUCAGCAGCUGCCUGGCCUUUUUCACUAACGCCUUCCCUUCUGUCUUUCCCAGAGUCCCUCAGCUACCCUAGAGUAUGUAUGGGAAAUGCCCCAUACAUUUCCAUCAAGAGUGAUUCUCAUCAGAACUGAAUCUUCUACCCCCACCUCUCUAUAUCCAGUUCUUACCAGGAAACAGGCACAGUCAGAAGUUGUAACAGUAUAAAUGUUGUAAUACCAGAAAUCUCAACUCAUUCCUCUCAAAACUGAUCCCAAUCAAAAGAGAAAGAAAAAAAACAAAUCAACUUACCGCUAGACAUUUCCAUGCCUGGAGCUAUUUUUCUGGGGUUACAGGAAAGGGUAGUUCCCUCAUGCACUAGUUCCCACAGAGUAGCACCAGCACCACCUCUCAGCCCCACCUCUUUACCUCCAGGUGGCCCCAAAUCUCCUCUGAAAGCGGGUGGUUCAAGUAUCAGCAUUGCAACCUGUAAGACUUGGGAUGAGGUGGAGAGGGUAUGGAAGGCUUAGAUCAAAUGUCCUGAGUGAGACAGGACCAGAUUGUCCCCAGUACAAAAUAGCUGGGAAGCCUCUACCAUAGACUUUCCUAUUUUGGAUUAGACCAACCCCAAGCACAUGAGCUAAGACUAUCCGUAGCUCUUGGAUUAGUCAUGCCAUUGAAGAGGAGGAGAAGAUGCCACUGGGCUGUGCCUGGCAGGGAGUCUGGAGUUUCUGGUUUCCAAGCUCAGGAAGGCGUGAACCAGAGGAGGGGCCUCCAUGCAGGGGGAGGGCUAGAAGCUGGGGCAGGAUCUGUCAGCUCUGCAAUGCUGCAGAAGCAGAAGCAACACAGAAAGAAGAUACCAACAGCCUCCUGAAACUCAUGAGAGUGGACACUCCAGUGUUGACCACCUAAGAUACCACUCCUGCUCCAAAGAUUACAGCUCCCUUGUCAUUCUGACUCCUGGGCUUACCCUACACCCCAGAGAUGGAGCAACUACUAGGAAUAAAACUUGGCUGCCUGUUUGCCCUGUUGGCUCUCACUCUGGGCUGUGGCCUCACUCCCAUCUGCUUCAAAUGGUUCCAGAUUGAUGCAGCCAGAGGUCAUCACCGGCGAGUCCUCAGACUCCUGGGCUGUAUUUCUGCUGGUGUUUUCCUGGGAGCAGGGUUCAUGCAUAUGACUGCUGAAGCCCUGGAGGAAAUUGAAUCACAGAUUCAGAAGUUCAUGGUGCAGAACAGAUCAGCAAGUGAGAGAAAUUCUUCUGGUGAUGCUGAUUCAGCUCAUAUGGAGUAUCCCUAUGGAGAGCUCAUCAUCUCCCUGGGCUUCUUUUUUGUCUUCUUUUUGGAGUCGCUGGCAUUGCAGUGCUGUCCUGGGUCUGCUGGAGGAUCGACAGUGCAGGACGAAGAAUGGGGUGGGGCUCAUAUCUUCGAACUCCACAGCCAUGGACAUUUACCCUCACCCUCAAAGAGUCCCCUCCGAGCCCUUGUCCUCUUGCUGUCACUCUCCUUUCACUCAGUGUUUGAAGGGCUAGCUGUGGGGCUGCAACCGACAGUAGCAGCUACCGUGCAGCUCUGCCUUGCUGUCCUGGCUCAUAAAGGGCUUGUGGUGUUUGGUGUAGGAAUGCGGCUAGUGCAUUUAGGUACCAGCUCACGAUGGGCAGUGUUCUCCAUACUAUUAUUAGCUCUCAUGUCCCCCCUGGGCCUAGCCGUAGGGCUGGCUGUGACUGGAGGGGACUCUGAAGGAGGGCGGGGCUUAGCCCAGGCUGUGUUAGAGGGUGUGGCAGCUGGUACCUUCCUGUAUGUCACCUUCCUAGAAAUUCUUCCACGGGAGCUAGCUAGUCCUGAGGCCCCUCUAGCUAAGUGUAGCUGUGUAGCCGCUGGUUUUGCCUUCAUGGCCUUUAUUGCCUUGUGGGCCUGAGAGAUUCCUGGCUUUUCUGAUGGACCUAUUUAGGACGACCUCUCUAUCCCCAGGGAGACCUCCCAAAUGGCUUUGACCCUCAGACAUUUCUUUACUCAGACUAAAUAGCAUUCAAUAGGACUGGACUGGACCCCAGGUUUCCUUUACAUGAGAUCCCAUUUCUCACCCUGGACUAAGAAAAAGAUAUUUAGGUUGAGCAGCUAUUAAUGGGAGAAUUGGUACAGAGACGCUCCAGAUUUUAUUCUUGUCCCAUUUAUGCUACUGUGUGUAAUAAAAUGCCCAUUUUACCCUCCUUCA